AAAAUAAAAUAGACGAAUGGGAAAUGGUCCAUCGUAGCCUUGGUGCUGGAUUUGAAAACAACGACACACUGAUGAAUACGAGAAAAAUACUGUCACUGAGUUACAAUGAUUUGCCUUACUAUCUCAAAUCUUGCUUGUUGUAUUUCAGCAUCUUCCCUGCAGGUAAUCCAAUUAAGCGGAUGAAACUUAUUCGGCUAUGGAUAGCUGAAGGAUUUGUGGAAGGAAAGGAAGGAAUGACAUUAGAGGAAGUUGCAGAAGACUACCUGAAUGAGCUCAUAAAAAGAAGCUUGGUUCGUGUAGUAAAGGCAGCCAGUGAUGGACGCGUCAAAACAUGCCGCAUCCAUGACCUUCUGCGCGAGAUUAUGAUUACAAAGGCAAAAGACCAAGACUUUGUAGCAAUAGCCAAGGAAGAAGGCAUGGUGUUGUCUGAAAAAGUCCGUCGGGUGUCAUUACAUAAAGCCGUGCCAAGCAUACAACGAAGACAUGUUGCCUCUCGACUUCGUUCAGUGCUCAUAUUUUGGGGGGCAGAUUCUUGUCCUGAUUCUCCUGCGCCUAAUUUGUCGUUCGGUCACCUGAGGUUGCUUAAUGUGUUAGAUCUGGAAGGAGCACCUCUGAAGGAAUUCCCCAGCAAAGUUUCCAGCCUCUUCCUCUUAAAGUAUCUAAGUUUGAGGAACACCAAUGUCAAUUCCAUUCCAAGCUCCAUUAGCAAGCUUCUGAAUCUGGAAACGUUGGAUCUAAAACAUACUCAAAUCUCUGAAUUGCCUGUUGGGAUUCUGAAGCUCAGAAAACUUCGCCACCUUUUGGUGUAUCGUUAUGAAAUUGAUUGUGAUGACAGGAUUCACAUCAAAUAUGGUUUCCAACCACCACCUCAAAUCGGAAGUCUACAAUCCUUACAAAAACUCUGCUUUGUAGAGGCAAAUCAAGGCGGUGAUCUUCUGCUUGAACUGGGAAGGUUGAAUCAGUUGAGACGGUUAGGCAUUGUAAGGUUCAGGAAGGAACAUGGGAAGGCUCUAUGUUCUUCUGUUACAAAGCUGACAGACCUUCGUGCCUUAUCCAUUUCUUCAAUCACAGACAGUGAAUUUAUUGAUUUGGAGUACUUAUCAUCUCCUCCUCGAUUUCUUCAGCGAGUGUACCUGACAGGACGGUUACAGAGUUUACCAGAGUGGUUGCAUUAUUCGGAUAGCUUGGUCAAGUUGGUUUUAAAAUGGAGUCGGUUAAGUGAUGAUCCACUGCUAUCUCUUCAGCAUCUGCCCAAUCUAGUACACCUCAAGCUUAUACAGGCUUACAAUGGGGAGAUGCUGUGUUUCCAAGCUAAGGGAUUUCAACGGCUCAGGUUCCUGAGCAUAAAUAAAUUAGAGAGUCUCAGAGUGAUAACUGUUCAACAAGGAGCAAUGCCUUGUCUUGAAAAGCUGAUCGUCCAAAGCUGCAAGGAAUUGAAAACGGUGCCAUCAGGUAUUGAACACCUGACCACGCUGAAGGUAUUGGAAUUUUUCAAUAUGCCAAAAGAACUCAUCAUGACGUUGCAACCCAGUGAAGAGAAUGGGGAUGAUUUGAAGGUUGAGCAUGUUCCUGAUGUUUACUCACCUACUGGAACAACGGUAUAUUGGAUAACUUCACUUUAUUCACCAAAGAGGAUGGAAGUUCUGCCCUGCCUAGCCCUAGCGGUAGCAGGCGACUAUAUUUGGAAAUAACAUGUUUUGAUUUGUUAUAAAGUAUUUUUAAUUUAUCUCUGUGAUUGUAAAUUAACCAUGAAUAAGCUUAUCUCUGAUUUUGUCUCCCUUCCCUUCGUUCUCUGUUGUGUUCUCUUAAUUUGGUGUACGGUGUGCUGUGUAAACUGUGAAUAUUUCUCGUUAAUAUUCAAAUAAUCUGUGUCGA